AUGGAACAUCCAUUCUUUCAACAAGAGGAGCCUUUCGACUUUUCAGUAAUGACGGCGGAUCAUAUCGUCACAGACGUCGACUUGGCAUUUAAAAAGUGCACCGAAAAUUUGGACCAAAUACACACUAGAGCAAUGGAAGAGGUGAACUUUGAAAACACUGUUGUUGCUCUAGAACUGGCGACGCUGCCCCUUGACGACGUCUUUCUUAAAAUAGAGCUUUUAUCUGGCGUGCGCAACGAUAUGCCGGGAUUUGAAAAGGCCUAUGACAAUGUCGUUGGGAAGAUUACUGAAUACCGAACGGCUAUCUUUGCAGACGAGCACUUGUUUGCAAGAGUCGAAAAGGUGCAUUUGGAAUGCGAAAAUUUUCAUUUGAAAGACGACGAGAAACGACUGACUGAAUUGAUGUACAACAAUUUUGUUCAAGGCGGUGCUGGACUUCCAAAGGACAAGAAAGAACAAUUCAAAGCAUUUGAUAAAAAGAUUUCGGAGCUGGGCCAAACAUUUAUGAACAACUUGUCGAAGUGUUUAGACAGGACAUACGUUGAGGUGCAAGAUGUGAACGAACUUGAUGGAGUUCCUAAGGAAGCUAUAGCUCGAUUUAAGAAAGAAGCAGAAGAGAGAAAGAUGAGUGGGUAUGCCAUUAAUAUGCAAGCGCCGAAUUACAUCGCAGUGAUGACGUACUGUAAAGACCAAAAAUUGAGACAAAAAGUGUUUGAAACGUAUAACAGAGUGUGCUCCUUUGGAGAAUUUGAUAACAGUGAGAACGUCAUUUCGAUAUUACAGUUGCGAGAAGAAAUGGCACAUAUCAUCGGGUUCAAUACCAUCGCCGACUUCAUUCUGAAGAACCGAAUGGCGAAGAACGGGGAGAACGCAAUGCACUUUGUCGAGGGACUCCACCAACGCACGCAAAGGUUCUUCGACAAAGACGUUCAACGACUUCAAGAAACAAAAGCUCAAGUGACUGGACGACAAGACAAAUUGAAGCCUUGGGAUAUCAGCUUCUAUAUUAAUAUUAUUAAGGAACAAGACUACAAGUUGGAUGAAGAGGAGUUUCGAAAGUACUUUAACUCGAAGAACGUCUUGUAUGGCAUCUUCCAAGUGUUUAAAAAGAUGUACUCUGUCACUUUUAAACAGAAGGAAGUGCCUGUAUGGGCAGACGGUGUCGAGUACUACGAAGUCUAUAGAAACGAUAACUUCUUGGGAAGUGUCUACUUUGAUUUGUUUCCAAGGAAAGGAAAACGAAGCGGCGGAUAUCACGAAAUCAUAAGAAUGCCACAUGGAACAGUAAGACCCGUGUGUGUUGUUGUGACGAAUUUGACACCACCAGGAGAGGACGGAAUUGCACACUUCAGUCACGACGAAGUGGAAACACUGUUCCACGAGUGUGGCCAUUUGAUCCACACAUUACUUGCUGAAGCCAAAUAUCCACAAUUCACUGCACUGAAAGUGGCUUGGGAUUUUGUCGAGUUGCCGUCGCAGAUUAUGGAGAACUGGACGUACGAGAAAGAAGUCUUCGACAUCAUUGGAAGGUACAAAAUCGAUGGAAAAGAGUGUGGAAUUGUACCCGACGUGUUGUACGACAAAAUGAUGAAGGCAAAGACCUUUAUGAGUGCGUAUUACAUGAUGAGACAACUCUCUUUUGGUAAAAUGGACUUGGAACUCCACUUGAACUACUUGAAGAGUGGAAAGCCGAUCGACCAAUUCAUCAAGGAAGUGACAAAAGAGUAUCAAAUAGACUACGACGUUGAUUCACUCUCGAAUGUCAGAACUUUCAUACACCUCUUUAAACAAUUGAAUGGGUACGCGUGUGCGUAUUACUCAUAUAAAUGGGCAGAAGUACUCGAAGCAGACGCUUUUGAGUUGUUUAAAGAAAAGGGAAUAUUUAAUAAAGAAGUCUGCGACAAAUUCAGAACAUGUGUGUUGGGCGUGGGUAAUGCAGUACCAGCAGACGUCGCCUUUAAAAACUUUAGAGGACGAGAACAGAACGCAGAUGCACUCUUUAAAAGAAAUGGACUCAUUUAA